CGAUGAGGAUCGAGAGCCAAGAUGGCGACUGCCAAACCAACCACCUGCAAAGAAGCAAUACGUCGAUGGGAGGAGGAGAACGGACAGGAAGCUUCUACCGCGACAGAAGUCAUCCUGAGCUUUCAAUGGCCUCCCAUAGAGAAGAUGGACAAUGCUUUGGCGACUUUGGUCAGUUGCGAGAAACUUUCUCUGUCGACAAACAUGAUCGAGAAAAUUGCAGGAAUAGCGAGUCUGAAGAAUCUAAAGAUCCUAGCAUUAGGUCGUAACUUGAUUAAGGGUUUCACCGGUCUGGAGGCGUUGGCAGACACCCUCGAGGAGCUCUGGAUUUCGUACAAUCUUAUCGAGAAGACGAAGGGCAUCAACGUGAUGAGAAAUCUCCGUGUACUGUACAUGUCGAACAAUCUAGUGAGGGAAUGGAACGAAUUCAGCAGACUUCAGGAGCUCGCGAACCUUCAGGAUCUCGUCUUCGUUGGAAAUCCACUCAACGAUAGUCUCGAGUUGGAACAAUGGAGGUCGGAGGUGGCCAGACGCUUACCAACGUUGGAGAAAUUGGAUGGCGAACCGAUCAUUCGGACGGAAGAAUAUUCCUGUCCGAAUCAACCACAAAAAUCUGAUUGUCCAUUGCAACCAGAAACUACGUAACAUAAUGUUGCAGAACAUUUAUAGAUAUUUUUGUUAGAAACUUUUUUGAGACAUUUUCAUCUUCGUUGCUUUUGCAAUAUUUUUUUGUACGCUUAUAAAAUAUAGUACAAACAAUAUUUCUUAGAAUUUUACCGACGAGUAACUGUA